AUGAACCAAGUUUCCCUUUCAACGCCAAAACUCAGUAAAAACCAGAGUACUUCUAUGCUUCCCGAUUGUUUAUCACGUUCACCCACGGUGCCACCAAUACAUUUAGGGUCUACAAAGUCCGACAAUUUCAAGACUUCAUUUUCGCUUCCUGUUUUUCAAACGACAAAGAAUGAUCCUUUCAGUAACGAUUUUUGCAGAAUCUACUUUUGGACAUCUCUUUCUUCAAUUCCUGUAUUGGCCUGUAUAGUGUCAGUCACUCUGUAUCUCUGUGUUAUCAGGAAAUCCCACAAGGCAAUCCAGAAUGGCAAUGCUUCAACAAAGAAAAGGUCAGACGUCAACGUGAAAUCAACAUGCUACGCAAAUGAUGGUGAAAAUGAAUACCAUGAAGUACAGUAUUGCCUGGCGCAAUAUACGGAAAAUUAAUAAAUUUCCGCGAUCAAAUUUCAACUUUUUGUAAACUUGAUCUUUACUCUAAAAUAUCUUAUCGACUGUGAUUGCACUGUGUUAUAGAAAUUCAGCUUUAUCGACUCUAUUUCAUUCUUUGACC